UUCAUCAGCUUCUACCGGCAAAGCUCAGUUCUUGGUGACUGAUGCAUGUUGUUAGUGGUUAUUAUUGGCACAUUUUCUUCUAAAUAGGCAACAACACUUCUGUAGCGUCUGGCAUCGCUAAACAUAUGACUAUCGCCUCGCACAAGGCACUGGAAUCAGCUGUUCGGUUCAAAAUGUAAACAGCACGCGAACAUGUUAUAGUUGAAAGUAUUCGUUCUGUAGCAACUUUAGUGAAAUUUUGCGACUAGGCCGUAUCGUAAAGACAGACGCGACAUGUCGAUGCUUACUCAGAUAAAUCCUUUACUCAUAAAAAUUCCAAAUAUUCGAUUUGCAGCACCUUUCAGAAACAUUAAUUUAUCGGUCCCUCAAAAGAUAACCGUAGUGUCGGUGACAGUCGGAGUGGUCUUAAUCGGUUUUUUAGCGAGAUACUUGCGUCGCAGAAGAAGGGUGAUUAAUUACAACAAACGUGGAGGUAAUCAACGUAUCUACUCUUCCCGAGGUGCAAAAAGUCCGAAUGGAGACGCGGGCAGCGUGCAGAGCGGCCGCCGCAGCGGCAGCCCGGGCGGCGCGCGCCCGCUGACCCGCCAGGGCUCCGUGCUGUCGUCGGACCGCGGCUCGCUGCCCGCCUCGCUCGGCCUCGGACUGCCCUCCGCCUCCGAGGCGCCCGCCGGACUCACGCCGCAGCAGCUCGGCGUCAUGGGUAAGUGGAAAUCGUCGCCUCUCGCCGGCAUGCUGUUCUGUUUAACGGAGACCCUGGGGAGCGAGUUGUUUUAAAGGGUGCGUUAAUGGGAAUGUCACGAAAUAAGACUAUGUACCAGAAGCUACGAGUCAUUCAAAAACCUACGGAAUACAAACGAAAAAGAAAACGAUGGGAAACUUGAAAAUAAUUUGUUUAUACUUUGGUGAGUAUAGGACGCGUGGGCGGGGUAGCUUCCUUCUCCAUCGCCUUGUAGUUUAUUUGUAGCUGUUUGCUAUAAGUGAUAGGUUUUCGUAUUAAUAUCAGACACGUCAGCGGGAGUAACUGAAGAUACAUUUUGUGUACAUUCAUCACAGCCAGUGGUUAAGAACUGCCAAUAUCAUACAACUGCGGUGAUUAACAGAAAUAGAAAAGUAUUAGAGGAGGAACUGGAAGACAAUAAGUAGGCAUGAAUAAGAUUUCAUACAGUUGAUUUUCUUUCUGCAUCAUAGAAAUUCAUUAACGUUUUAACUGUUUUAGAAUGCCAUACUUUUGGUAGGGAUUGUCGCGGGAUGUUAACAAAUGUCGCACUGAAGUAUCUGUGUGGAGCAUAAGUUUAUAUAUUGAUAACAAGAAGCAGCUCAUGAUUACGACGAAAUGUCACAUAAUUUUUCGAAGUGAUGGAAAGAGAAGAACAGUAACAAGCUGCUGGUUUUAAAUAUGCGGAAUUUUCAAAGA